AUGUGCGCAAUCCACGACGGCGGCACCGCUGGAAGCCGCAAGCUAAGCAAAGACGUAUGGCGCAACGGCACGUUUGCCGAGGACGCGCACUUCCCGCUUGAGAACUUGAUCCCGCUCAACGAGGAUCGCCUCUGUAAGCAGCUCUGGUACAGCGCCGCGGAUUUGGCUUAUCUGAGUCAGUUGCUGGUGCCGUACGGCGGCUUCAGGGACAUCGGACUCGAGCCGGGCGAGACUGUAAUAGUAUAUCCCGCUACCGGAGCAUUCGGCGGCGCUGGAGUGGCCGUCGCGGUCGCUAUGGGCGCACGAGUCAUCGCCAUGGGACGGCAUGCCGAGUGCGGAGACUAA